GCUAUAAAACGUCUCCAUUUUCCGCCAGUUAGCACCAUUUUGUGAGGAAGGGAGAUAGGGUGAACAGGCUGUUCUCAGUUAAACAAAAUAAUAAUAAUCAAAUAACGUUACUGUUUUAAUCAUUGUAGCUAGCUAGGAUAGUUCGUGUUUUAAUAUUAUCCGAAAGAGCAAGGCGAAAGAAAACAUCAAGUGAGAAGUGGAUCCAGAUCUUUCGGCUGCAACUAGCUUAGCUACUAGCUAACUCGUAACUGGUUCAUCGCUCAAGUUAACUAGCAUAGCUAGUAGUUCGCUUGCUAGCCAAGUGAAACGAGUAUUGACAUAAGAAGCACCGAUCAAAGAGUUCCAGUGAAGUCAAAAUGAGUGCUCCCUCCUCCCAAAAAGUUGUGCUGAAAAGCACCACCAAGCAGUCCCUGAAUGAGCGCUUCACUACCAUGCUGAAAAACAAGGCGCCGACAGCGGUGAGUGUGCGAGCCACCAUGCAGCAGCAACACAUGGCCAGCGCCCGGAACCGUCGCCUCGCCCAGCAGAUGGAGAACAGACCCUCUGUGCAGGCCGCCCUGCACCACAAGCAGAGCCUGAAGCAACGCCUGGGGAAGAGCAACAUCCAGGCCAGGCUGGGCCGGCCCAUCGGGGCCUUGAUGCGGGGGGGUGCUGGAGGCCGGGGGUUUUCCAUUGGAGGGAUGCGGGGGAUGACCAGAGGAGGUCUGCGAGGCCGCGGCAGAGGAGGAACCCUGAGGGGAGCUAUGGCUCUGAGAGGGAAUCGCCUUGCUCCAGGCAUGGCCCAGAUGCGUGGCAGAGGGGGUCCAGGCCGGGUGUCCCACCGUAGGGGGAUGCGUCAGAGAGGAGGGUUUGCUGGUCGUGGAGGUGCCUUCGGAAGAGGAGCUGGAAGAGGAGUGGGAGCCAGGGGACGAGGCGGUCUGCGUGGGCGUGGGAGCUUUGCCGGCAGGGGUGGUGGCCGCGGUCGUGGGGGGGCAAGAGGAGGCCGGGGCAGGGGAGGUGGCCCAGGAAUGACCCGCGAGCAACUGGACAACCAGCUUGACGCCUACAUGUCCAAGACCAAGGGCAACCUGGACGCUGAGCUGGAUGCGUACAUGGCCCAGGCUGACCCAGAGGGCAUGGAGUGAACCUGGACCUCCACCACGAGAGCAGGGACUCCUUCAACAGACCCCUUAGUGAGACAGUACUGAUAACAUGGUGACAUGGAGAGAAGCUUGUUUAGUGCUAUUACUCCACACAAACGUAAUGAUAAACGCACAUACGUAAACUCUUGAGUGCACUGUCUCGCACUACAUGGCUAAAAUUUUAGAUGUGAUCACAACCUCGGACUUAAAUAUGAAACCUGCUUACUCACUGACACACAUGCAUACAAACUCACUCUAAAAUGUUGGGCCUAUAAAGAGAACUGUUUGAAAUGGACUGUUUCCCUGAAUCUGGAUUUGACCAUUCUAUCAGUAUCGGUGCAACGUAGACACACCUGCGGUUUUAAACCCUUUUUCUGUAUGUGCAAGUGUGCAUGAAGAACGCAAAUAUCUUCAACUUGAAUGGAUGACACUGACCAAACUAGAGACUUGAAGAACCAAUUUUAUCAAUGUUCCUGAAAGGCCUGCAUUUUGGACCAGAAUCUCCUGUCAUAAUCUGUUUUGAUGCUGAAUUGGACUAUUACUGAGCUUUGCAUUCAAAUUCCUUUUUUCGGGAAGGAACCAUGCCCCCCCCCCCCAGCGCCAUAAUCAUGUCCAGUUAGCGUCCACUUAUCAUAUUUCGUAAACCUAUUUUUUUACUACCAUGUUUUUGUUAGGAUUUGUAUUUAGCAAUGGAUGCUCCUUUUAUUGUUUUAGCAGUAAUGUACAUCGACUUGACUCUCGAGUAAAAAAAAAUCUAAAGAAAAUGACCAGGGGAAUUCUAGAGAAAUCAUUCUGUUUUUCUCCCAUUUAAUGCCUCCAACUUAAGCUUUGCUUCUGGUGAAUUGAAGUAUGUUGAUGUCUUCAGUUGAUAUUCCCCAAACAGCAUUGUAUGGAUGCUAGACAUACCAAAUAAGCAACUACACAAGGAGGUGCAAAAUAUUUCCAUCAAGUUGCAAAUGUGUGAGUGGUCUUCCCUCCUGGUGUCAAUUGUAUACAUUUGAAAUGGUCUUGAAGCUGUGGUUGUUGUACACAACACUCUAAUGAAGUGAGUGAAAAAUAUUUUCAGAUUGAUAGUGUCCAUCUGGAUGACACUAUCUAAACUCCAAUUUCUAUGUAAUUCCUUCUACCUGGUUAGUGUCAUAGAAAAGAGAAUAAACUUUAUAUUGUCAUCUUCUCUUAA